AGGUGAUGAGGGGGGAAGGGAAGGCGCCCGCUCCGCCCUGACGCCUUUCUCCUCUCAUUCGGAAGGUGCUGAGGCACGAGGAGUUUGACGAGGGCUGCAAAGCCAGCUGCAACGGCCCUUACGACGGAAAAUGGAGCAAAACAAUGGUGGGCUAUGGGCCAGAAGACAAUCACUUUGUUGCAGAGUUGACUUACAAUUACGGCAUUGGAGAAUAUCACCUGGGCAAUGACUUUCUGGGCAUAACGCUUGUGUCCAGCCAGGCUGUGAGCAAUGCAAAGAAGAUGGGAUGGCCCCUCAGAGAAGUCACAACUGGUAUUUUUGAAGCUGAAGCCCCAGGGGGAUACAAGUUCUACCUGGAAGACAAGGAACAGCUCAAGCAAGAUCCUGUGCUAAAGGUAACCUUGGGUGUCUCCGAUCUACAGAAGUCUGUUAACUACUGGUCUGAUUUGCUGGGGAUGAAAAUCUAUGAGAAGGAUGAGGAAAAACAAAGGGCUUUGCUAGGCUAUGCGGAUAACCAGUGCAAGCUGGAGUUGAAGGCUGUUGGAGGAGCAGUGGAUCACGGGACAGCAUUUGGGCGGAUUGCCUUCUCCUGUGCAAAGGACGAGUUGCCAAACAUUGAAGCACUGAUGAAAAAGGAGAAUCAGAAAAUUUUAACACCUCUGGUUAGUUUGGACACACCUGGCAAAGCCACAGUGCAAGUGAUUAUUUUGGCCGAUCCUGAUGGCCAUGAAAUCUGUUUUGUGGGAGAUGAAGCAUUUAGAGAUCUCUCCAAGGUGGACCCUAAUGGUGACAAAUUGUUAGAUGAUGCCAUGGCGGCGGACAACAGCGACAACUGGUUUGCUGCGAAGAAAAUGAAGAAGGCUUCUGCUUAGCUGGAGAAAAGGACUGGGCUGCUUGUUCAUGCCUGCAUUUCCAUCUGAGCCAAUCCUGUCUAACGCGUUGCAUUACCCCUUCCAGUAAGAGGGUGCUGUAGUGGCCUGUGCUGGUUGAUUUAUGCUUGUGUCUCUUACUGCUGCUCUCUCUUUUCAAGCAAAUAGCAUGUUCUCCUUCAAAAAAAAAAGAAAUUGUGCGGUAAGGAGCAGAUUGAGCAUGUGGGUUCAAAACCAGGGACCAUCAGUUAAGAGGAAAAACUCAUUUCUCUGUUGUUGUUGUUGUACUUGAAAAAGAAGUUGCUAGGUUCAUUAGAAUAUCCAGUUCUCUAGCUAAUUGGCUUUAGCGGUCCUGGGUAGAAGAGGUAGCUGUGGCUGUGAGCACCACAGGUACCCCGCUUCCGUGGCAAGGUGUUGGGCUGAAGGGAAGGGCUGUGUAUGGAGAACUCGAGCAGUUCGGCUGUCGCAGUGCAUGCCUCUUUCUUGGGAACAGAGAAAUUGCCUUGCUAAAGCACAUGAAUAUUCUACUCUGAGACAAACUCUAUGUUCAUUCUGAGAGGUUUCCCCAGCUUUCAAGGUGGAAUGUUCACUUGAGAAGCCCGUGGUGUGUUUCUCACCAGGGUCACGUCGCUGAUGUGGUGGUUUCCACCCCUUACCAAGGGAGCCCGCCACAUUCCGGGCUGGAGCUGGGGCCAUGCUGCGCCAUCUGCUGAGGUGCUGGGAGGCAACUUGGGAUGAGUCUAUCAUGGGUUUGCAGUUAGCUUUUGAUGAGAAAGUGCCUUUGGAAGUAAAAGUUUGGGGUUUAUUCCAUUGGAAUGAAGUCACUCUGCUUUUGCUAGUGAGAAAAGGGCUGAAAAUACAGGGGGGAAUCGCCAGCGUUGUCCGUGUCAGGCAUUCUGCCUGCUUUGGAAUCCUUCUGGAUGAAAACCUUAAAUAAGUUUCACAGCAAAAAGCAGGGAAAAUCAGUGGUGUUAGCAGCCGCCGAGGCACGCCCGCGCUUGUCGCGAAUAUGCUGAGUCCAAACAGGGA